AUGGAGGAUAUCACCCUGACCAAGUGGUUUAAGGUGAAAGAAUACGACCAGAAGAGUGAGCAGCGGUCAGAGAAACACAAGGGACUACGGGGACGCAACAACGUUACUUCCUGUCGGAGCCCAACCAGAGAACUGGACACACGGUGGAUCAAGAAGGAGCUGAGGCGGAAGAGACAGCAGGAAUUCAAUAUAAGACGAUCAGUCAGCCCAGAAAGGGCCAAAGACUCUGGAAAGGUCAAGGACGACAGUUGUGUCAUCUGUGACACAGCCAAGUCAGAGACGGUGGGGGCUAAGGUCAGCGUGACCCCUAAGUCAAAUCUGCAUGGGUCACAAAGAGCAAAAGACUCUGCAAAGGUCAAGGACGACAGUUGUGUCAUCUGUGACGAAGCGAAGACAGAGUCUUUGCAGUGUAACAUCAAUUGGCCUAUGCCCCCUGGGCUUAUGUCCGAUAGAACCACCCACCUCCACCUUCACCACCUCGACCAGAGAACCACCCACCUCCACCCCAACCACCUGCACCUCGACCAGAGAACCACCCACCUCCACCCCAACCAUCUGCACCUCGACCAGAGAACCACCCAUCUUCACCCCAACCAUCUGCACCUUGACCAGAGAACCACCCACCUCCACCCCAACCAUCUGCACCUUGACCAGAGAACCACCCAUCUCCACCCCAACCUCCACCCUGAAGACGUCCACCCCGAGCAGAGAACUAGUCCAGCCCAGGUUAAAAGCCUUGACAAAACAACCACCCACCUCCACCCCUACGUCCACCCCUACCUCCACCCCUACGUCCACCCUACCUCCACCCCUACCUCCACCCCUACCUCCACCCCAACCUCCACCCCAACCUCCACCCCUACGUCCACCCCUACCUCCACCCCUACGUCCACCCCUACCUCCACCCCUACCUCCACCCCUACCUCCACCCCAACCUCCACCCCGAGCAGAGAUCUAGUCCAGCCCAGGAAAAAAGCCUCCACGAAGAAAGAAAAGGGCAUCCUGAAGGGCACAGGAGGUAAGAAGACACAGCAAGAAGCCAACACACAAACAGAAUCUGGCUAUGUUACCGUCAAAGAAUCUGAAGUUAUUCAGCUGGAUGUUUACUUGCAGGAGGCUCUAUGGAGAGAGGAGGGCCUGAAGAAGAAGUUGGCUGUUCUCCAGAAGCGUGGCUCCACCCUGCUGCGAUACUCUGACAACCUAUGGGCUACAAGCUGCAACGAAGACCUCCUAAAGAACAAGAUCAGAGCCUUGGAAACACAGCUGCAAGUCUGUCUGCAGAAACAGAAGCUCCCCUUGGAUGGAGUGAAGAAGCUGGUGCUACAGAUGGAGAACCAGAAGGGAGCGUAUGAGGAGAAAGCCUUGGAGGUCAUCCAGAGGGCUACAGAGGAGAAAAGGGAAGCUCUCAGCCAGGCCGAGACACUCGAGAUGUUGCUGCAGGCAGCCAGGGUGGAAGCGGCGCAGUGGCAGGGUCUGUGUGAGGAAAUGAAGGAGAGCUCAGAACAGCUGAAGAAGAAACAGGAGAUCAGCUCUGAACAGGUUCUACAACUGCAGAACCAACUGGAGCUGGCCAGGGGUCAGGAGGCGGGGCUGAGGGAGGAGCUGGGGGCAGUACAGCGAGUGGAGGAGGAGUUACAGUCCAACAUUGUUCUGCUGGAAGAACAGAACCAGAACCUGAGGGACCAGAUCCAUGAGAUGAGAGAUGCCAGAGCUGACACUCAGGGGGUGUCCCUGGAUGAAUCCUUGGCCCAGUUGGAUGUGUCGCUGGAGCAGUCGGAGGAGGAGGAGACCCUGGCCCAGUUGGAUGUGUCUCUGGAGCAGUCGGAGGAGGAGGAGACCCUGGCCCAGCUGGAGCGGACCCUGGCCCAGUUGGAUGUGUCUCUGGAGCAGUCGGAGGAGGAGGAGGAGGAGGAGGAGGAGACCCUGGCCCAGCUGGAUGUGUCUCUGGAGCAGUCGGAGGAGGAGGAGGAGGAGGAGAGAGGAGGAGACCCUGGCCCAGCUGGAUGUGUCUCUGGAGCAGUCUCUGGAGCAGUCGAAGGAGGAGGAGACCCUGGCCCAGCUGGAUGUGUCUCUGGAGCAGUCGGAGGAGGAGGAGACCUUGGCCCAGCUGGAUGUGUCUCUGGAGCAGUCGGAGGAGGAGGAGACCUUGGCCCAGCUGGAUGUGUCUCUGGAGCAGUCGGAGGAGGAGGAGGAGCUGAUUGUAUCGUCACAGCAGAAGCAGCUAUCAUGGGGAGAUGGAGAUCAGGUUCUGGAGCAGCUCCGUCACGCUCUGGACCGAUUACAGCUGAAGGAGAGGGAGUGUGAGGAGCUGCAGAACGAUCUGGAAGCCGUGGAGGCAGAGUGCCAGUCGUGCCAGGUCCGUCUGACGCAGUGCAGGGACGAACUCCGACAGCUCAGCCACCGACGCAGCAGCAGGGUGUGCAGC